ACAGGAGGAGCGAUGCAGCACAACGGGGGCUGAAGUGGCGAUAGAUCCUGUUGAAUUGAGACAAGACGUCGAGACGCAGCCCAAAAAAGUGUCCUCCUCACAGUGCGUCAGACCACGGAUAUACAGUGUUGUGGAUGUUAUAGUCGCUACGUGGACACGACGAGGGAUUUGUGAUAUUACCACCCUCCCAAAAUGAAGAGGGGAAUUUGGGCAAAAGGGAAGAACUGCAUCCUCACCUAGCCUUCCUCCUCCUCCUCCUCCACCUCCUCCUCCAGCAGAUGUGUUUGGAGGGGGACUGAGGCGAUUUCGUUUGGCCCCCUUUCACAUCUCCAGCACGCGUCAGAGGGAUAAAGUCAUUCGGAUUCAUCGGAGCUGCAGAAAACAGUUUCUAUUAUUUUUUUUUUCAUAAAAUGGCAACCAUGAGUGACCACUGUAUAUCAAAGGACGCAUAGGGCGCGAGCCCCGGUCGUGGAGGAUUUAACCACCUGAUGGGCACCGGAGGAGAAGACGAGGGGAGAGGAGACUGUUUUGGCCUCGCUUGUUGACUUGGUGAUUUAUAAUGCUGAACAAAUAAAGGGCGCUGCAAGUUUUGACUCUGCGUAACGGGCUGUGUAUGCGCGCGCGCCACUGGCCAUCAUUCACAUACUCUUAUUGUAUGAUGUCAUAAACAGUGAAGGCCUGAACAGGCUGAUUAACAUCUCCUGUCAUGUAAGUAGCCACAUGGACUGCACGCAGCAUGAACCCAACUGAGGUGCGUGUUUUACUGUGACAUUCUCUUCAAUCACAACUCAUCUAUCACAAGCGUUGAUGUCUCAUUUCGUCUGCGCGCGCGCUCGGAGCUUCAACUUUUAUCAUCUGGCCUGCUGCAUCCACGUCGCGCUGAGGCGGUCACUGUAGAACCGCUCACUGACUGAAGAUGGAGUUUGCCAUGGUGGGUGCGGACGGUGGGUGCAACAGUCACCUGCCUUAUGGAUAUGCCCAAGCUCGCGCACGGGAGAGGGAGCGCGAGAGGGAGCGGCACGCGGCACAGUCCAGAGCGGCGGCAGCGGCGGCGGCUGCUGAAGAUGGAUCCGGCGCGGAGGGAGGAGGAGGCGGCGGCGGUGGCGGUGGCGGCGGCGUUGGUGGGGGGUCUACCACCUCCUCAUGUGCUCAUCUCCUUAACAACCGCCAGCAUCAGUCUCGCGCCGCCUCCUCCACGAGCGCCAACAUCAACAGCGGCGGUACCGCCUCGCGCCCCUCCUCCUCCUCCUCCACCUCCUCCACGCAGCCGCCACAACACCAGCAGGAGCCCGAGCAGCAGCAGCAGCAGCAGCAGCACCACAGAGUUGUCAGAGAGCGCAAAAAGCAGCGCGGCGUCGGACGCUGGAGACGCAGCCGCACGACUUUCGGCGGAGAUCUGCGCCACUCGGAGCUGGCGCUGCUCGGAUCUGAGGAGGACAUCAUGAUAGAGGAGGAAGAGGCCGAGGGAGCGGAGGAAGAGGAGGAGGAGGAUGAGGAGGAGGAGGAUGAAGAGGGCGGCCGGGGAAGCAAGAGGUCAAGUUUUCUGUGUAACAUGGGUGAUGAGGAGGAGACAGUGUCCAUCACUGACCGGAGACCUCAGUCCGGGUAUGAAAACGCUUACAGUGAGUGCGGCUGCUGUGAGAGAGUUGUCAUCAACGUGUCGGGACUGAAGUUUGAGACGCAGCUCAAGACUCUCACUCAGUUCCCGGACACUCUCCUGGGAGACCCCGACAAGAGAAUCCGGUACUUUGACCCGCUGAGGAACGAGUACUUCUUCGACCGGAACCGACCGAGUUUUGACGCUAUUCUAUACUAUUACCAGUCAGGCGGGCGGUUGAAAAGACCCGCCAAUGUGCCGUUUGACAUCUUCUCGGAGGAGGUGAGGUUUUAUGAACUCGGGGAGGAGGCAAUCCUGAAGUUUAGGGAGGAUGAGGGUUUUGUUAAGGAGGAGGAGAAACCUCUGCCCGAGGACGAGUUUAAGCGCCAGAUCUGGCUGCUCUUUGAGUAUCCGGAGAGCUCGAGUCCAGCCAGAGGGAUAGCAGUAGUGUCCGUCCUCGUCAUUGUCAUUUCUAUCGUCAUAUUCUGCCUGGAGACGCUGCCGGAGUUCAGGGAUGAAAAGGAGUAUCUGCAGCCACGGCACAACUCCACACAGCAGCAGGACCACGGGUUCACUCCUUUCAACGACCCCUUUUUCAUCGUGGAGACGGUUUGCAUCAUCUGGUUCUCUUUUGAGAUUAUAGUCCGCUUCUUUGCGAGUCCCAGCAAAACCCAAUUCUUUAAAAACAUUAUGAAUUCUAUAGACAUUGUUUCCAUUUUGCCUUAUUUCAUAACUCUCGGCACGGACCUGGCGCAGCACCAAGGCAACGGGCAACAGGCGAUGAGCUUCGCCAUCCUGAGAAUAAUCCGCUUGGUCCGGGUGUUCCGAAUCUUCAAACUGUCCCGACACUCCAAGGGUCUGCAGAUCCUGGGUCACACUCUGCGCGCCAGCAUGAGGGAGCUGGCCCUCCUCAUCUUCUUCCUGGUCAUUGGUGUCAUCCUCUUCUCCAGUGCGGUGUACUUCGCAGAGGCGGACGAGCCGUCGUCUCAGUUCACGAGCAUCCCGGACGCUUUCUGGUGGGCUGUAGUGACCAUGACCACAGUGGGCUACGGGGACAUGAAGCCCAUCACUGUCGGUGGGAAGAUAGUGGGCUCCCUCUGCGCCAUCGCUGGUGUGCUAACCAUUGCGCUCCCGGUGCCAGUGAUAGUGUCCAACUUCAACUAUUUUUACCACAGGGAGACCGACAAUGAAGACCAGCCGCCGGUGGUGGAGAGCAUGCCGCCGGGUUGUCCUUAUUUCCCGGACUUUCUACGGAAAUUUAAAGGUUCGCCGUCAGGAUCCUCACUGGGCGACAAAGCGGAGUAUAUGGAGAUGGAGGAGGGGGUCACUGAGUCUCUAUGUGGUUUGGACAAGAGCCCGAGUAAAGGAAACGGCACAGAUAUAAGCAGAAAAAACAGUACUAACUCUAAAUCCAUUCAGACUGAUGUGUGAUUACAG